AUUUCCUCUGUGUCAUCUCAAAAUCACUGCUUUACUUUGAUCAUCUCCCAGAAAUGGCGGCGUUCCGGUUGCAGUCAUGUAACUCUCCGUCACUUUCCGGCCGAUCACCGCCGUCAACUCUGCUACUUCAUAUUCCCACACGCUGUAACCUAACCUGUAACUCUUCCUUCACCAGGUUUAAAAUGUCAAUUUCGUCAACCCCACAAACUGCCGCAAUCCCAGAAAAUCAUAGCGUUUUAGGUUGUGGAAUGGCGGCGGUGGAUUUCCUUGUUGCUGUUGAUUCUUAUCCUAACCCUGAUGAUAAGAUUCGAAGCACCAGUUUUCAGGUUCAAGGAGGUGGCAAUGCAGGGAAUGCUUUGACUUGUGCAGCUCGUUUAGGCCUAUCUCCAAGAAUUAUAUCGAAGGUUGCAGAUGAUUCUCAAGGGAAAGCAAUACUGGAAGAGCUGGAAGCUGAUGGGGUCGAUACGUCGUUUAUGGUGGUUUCCGAAGGGGGCCAUUCAACAUUCUCUUACGUCAUUGUUGAUAGUCAAGCGAAAACUCGGACUUGCAUUUACACUCCAGGAUACCCACCUAUGAUACCUGAGGAUUUAUCCAAGUCGAAUUUGUCGUCAGCUCUGGAUGAUGUGAGAUUUGUAUAUUUUGAUGGAGUAUUGCAAGAAACUGAAUUGUUAUCAGCUUUAGUUGUGGCCCGAGAGGCACAUCAGAGGAAUAUACCUAUUGUAAUUGAUGCAGAAAGUAAAAGAGAAAGGGUAGAUGACCUUCUAAACUUGGCAACUUAUGUCGUAUGCUCAGCGAGAUUUCCACAGGUAUGGACAGAGGCCCCUUCAAUCCCAGCUGCUCUAGUUUCUGUACUUCUAAAGUUGCCAAACAUCAAAUUUGUAAUUGUGACAUUGGGUGAAGAUGGCUGCAUGAUGUUAGAAAGGGCUGAAGCUGAGGAUCUCCAGUCUGAAGAAAUUGAUGUCGAUGACUUGUUCAAGAAAAUGAAGCAGAGUAUUGAUACUGGCGCAACCAGUGCAACAUCCAUAUCUUCGGAUAUUGCAAAAUUGCAUGCAAAAGGCAUCGGGACAGUGAGUGGGAAGCUGCUUCUUGGAACAGCUGAAAAGAUACCGCCAUCAGAAUUAGUCGAUUCAACUGGUGCAGGUGAUGCAUUUAUUGGAGCAGUUCUGUAUGCUCUCUGUGCCAAUAUGCCACCAGAAAGAAUGUUGCCAUUUGCUUCUCAAGUGGCAGGUAUCGGCUGUAGGGCAUUGGGAGCAAGAGCUGGUCUUCCCCAGCUAACAGACCCUCGAUUGAAACCCUUUUUAGUGAACGAUCCCCAAAACGUGGCCACAUUGCUAUAGAAGAGAACACAAGCCAAAUCUAUUGUCAAGUUUGGAUUUUCUUUUUGUUUUUUCACUUUGUCUAGACAUAUGUUCUGCAACAUUUGUAACAUUUUAUGUGAAAUAUUU